UCAUGAUUUUGGUAAAAGUCAUUUUAUUUGCACUAGUUUUCAUUAUUCCCACUCGAUUUAGGGUUUUCAAUUUGCCAUCAUUUGUAUUCAAUGUCGUCGAUUUCGAUUUAGGGUUAUCGAUCCGAGCUCGUUUCUUCUUCUGGCCUCUUGUUUGCCAAGAUAUGGACAACGAAGAAGUGCUCGACUUCGACGUAGACGACGACGGCAUCGACAUCGAGCCCAACGACAUGCUCGACGACACCACCAACUCGGACGCCGCCACCUACUUCCCCGACGGCGACCUCGAGCCAUACGAGGGCCUCGAGUUCGAGUCCGAGGAAUCCGCCAAAGCCUUCUACAACUCCUACGCCCGCCGCAUCGGGUUCAGCACCCGCGUCAGCUCCUCCCGGCGCUCCCGCCGCGACGGCGCCAUCAUCCAGAGACAAUUCGUCUGCGCCAAAGAAGGCUUCAGGAACAUGAACGAGAAACGCACCAAGGACAGAGAGAUCAAGCGUCCCAGGACCAUCACCAGAGUCGGCUGCAAAGCCUCCUUAUCCGUUAAGAUGCACGACUCCUCCGGUAAAUGGGCCGUAUCUGGGUUCGUUAAAGAGCACAAUCACGAGCUGGUUCCUCCCGAUCAGGUCCACUGCUUGAGGUCCCACAGGCAGAUCUCGGGCCCCGCCAAGACUUUGAUUGACACGUUGCAGGCCGCUGGGAUGGGCCCCAGGAGGAUAAUGUCCGCGCUUAUUAAAGAGUACGGUGGGAUUAGUAAAGUGGGAUUCACGGAAGUUGACUGUAGGAAUUACAUGAGGAACAAUCGGCAGAAGAGUAUACAGGGAGAGAUUCAGCUUCUUCUUGAUUACUUGAGGCAGAUGAAUGCUCAUAAUCCAACCUUCUUUUACUCCCUCCAGGGAAGCAGCGAUGAUGUUGGUAACGUGUUUUGGGCUGAUCCCAAGGCCAUAACGGACUUCACUUACUUUGGUGAUACCGUUACGUUUGAUACGACUUACAGGUCUAAUAGGUAUCGUUUGCCUUUUGCUCCUUUCACUGGUGUGAACCACCAUGGGCAGCCGAUUCUUUUCGGAUGCGCGUUUAUCGUUAAUGAGAAUGAGGCUUCCUUCGUGUGGCUUUUCAAGACUUGGCUUGCGGCGAUGUCCGGACACUCUCCUGUCUCGAUCACUACCGAUCACGACGCGGUUAUACGUGCUGCUGUGAUGCAGGUUUUUCCCGAGGCUCGCCACAGGUUCUGCAAGUGGCAUAUUUUCAAGAAAUGUCAGGAGAAGUUGUCUCAUGUGUUCCUCAGGCAUCCUUCUUUUGAGUCUGAUUUACACAAGACUGUCAAUCUGACCGACUCUGUUGAGGAUUUUGAGUCGUGCUGGUUUUCGCUUCUUGACAAGUAUGAGCUCAGGGAUCAUGACUGGCUACAAGCGUUGUACUCUGAUCGACGCCAGUGGGUUCCUGUUUAUCUCCGUGAUACCUUUUUCGCGGAGAUGUCUUCCACUCAGCGUAGUGACAGUAUAAAUUCGUAUUUUGAUGGUUACAUCAACGCUUCGACCAAUCUGAGCCAGUUCUUUAAGCUGUACGAGAAAGCUUUGGAGAGUCGUCUCGAGAAAGAAGUUAAAGCGGAUUACGAUACGAUGAACUCGCCUCCCGUUCUGAAGACUCCAUCUCCCAUGGAGAAGCAGGCGUCUGAGCUUUACACGAGGAAGCUGUUCACGAGAUUCCAGGAGGAGCUAGUGGGGACUUUGACUUUCAUGGCGUCCAAAGCUGAUGACGAUGGGGAUCUCGGUACCUACCAGGUUGCGAAAUACGGAGAGACUCACAAGGCUCAUUGCGUUAAGUUCAACAUCUUGGAGAUGAGAGCGAACUGCAGUUGCCAGAUGUUUGAGUUCUCUGGGAUCGUGUGUAGACAUAUAUUGGCGGUCUUCCGUGUCACCAAUCUCCUUACGCUUCCGCCUUACUAUAUCCUAAAGAGAUGGACUAGAAAUGCCAAGAGCAGUGUUAUAUUCGAUGACUAUGGUUUGCAUGCGUAUGAUAAUUACUUGGAGUCUCAUACUGUCCGGUACAACACCUUACGCCACAAAGCUUUUAGUUUUGUGCAAGAAGCGGGGAAAUCUCUGUAUACUUGUGACGUCGCUCUAGUUGCUCUGCAAGAAGCUGCCAAGACUGUGUCCUUGGAAAUGAAAAAUGAAGUUAGGAGAACUAUGGCUAACGGGCAUGUUAAAGGGAGCUCUGCAAGUGGUGGAGAACAGAUACUCCGUAAUGAGGACUCUCAGCAAGACGAGCCCGAGGAUGAAAUGGACAAGAAGAUUAUUGAGCUCAGAAACGAGCUGGAAUUAGCAAACAGGAGAUGUGAAGCCUACAGGACUAACCUACUUUCGGUCUUGAAAGAAAUGGAAGAUCAAAAGUUACAGGUGUCCAUCAAAGUGCAGAACAUCAAAAUCAGCUUAAAGGAUAGUCUGUGAAACAAGCAACAAGCUCCAGCUGCCAUCAUCUUAUAUGAUUGCUCAUGCCAUUGAUCGAGACAAGAGAGAUGUUUGUAAGCAGGAAGUUUCACGAGGUCUAUGUUCACUUGCCUAUCAAGCAGAACUGCAGAAGCACAAGGUCUUCACUCAUCCCAAAUGCUAUUAAUGCAUAGAAGAACCUGAUCCCAAUGUCUCUGCUUGUUUUUUUUUUAUAGAAUUCGCUUUUAACAAUUGGUGUAUAUUAUUAUUUUUGAGUAAAUUUCUCAACAGAAAUUCCUUAGAUCACAAACCAACCAUGUCAUAUUUUCUGAUUUGAUGAAUAAAUAAUGACACUAGUCGGAAGAA